CAGAAGGGGAAACGGGAAGCAAAAAACAGUGUCAACUAAACCUCACGCAAUCUUGUACCUCUUUACUAACCGUAAAGCUUGCCAAACCUUUUGCAAACAGGGUUUAUCGAGGAUUAUAAAAAUGGGGUGCUUUUUCUCGAAGAAAUCCAAGCGAAAGUCGUCAAAACAGGAGCGGACGCCGACAACGACGACUGUGGAAACUACGACGACAAGCAACGCGGUUCCCCUUGGCAACAACACCGACGAGGCGGCACCGAAGCAGUACAGCUGGGACAAGAGGGACAAGGUUGACCCCAAAGACUAUAUGCUGACAGGCCUCAAGGGUGUCACGGCCGGUCGUCUCCCCGGAAAGCUGAACGGUCAACAGUUUGUCAUCCAGGAGUGUGAGAACUGCGACAUCUUUGUGCUCGACCACUCUGCGACCAUCACCAUUGACGACUGCGUCAACUGCCGUGUGGUCCUGGGCCCCGUCAAGGGCAGCGUUUUCUUCCGGGACUGCAAGGACAUUAAGUGCUUGGUGGCGUGCCAGCAGUUCCGCACGCGGGAUUGUAAAAAGAUGGAGGUGUUCUUGUGCUGCGCCACGCAGCCCAUCAUCGAGUCGUCCACCGGCAUGAAGUUCGGCUGCUUCCAGUACUACUACCCUGAGCUGGCCUUCCACUUCAAGGACGCCGGCCUCAGCAUCUUCAACAACAACUGGAGCAACAUCCACGACUUCACGCCCGUCUCCGGAGAGACCAACUGGAGCCUGCUGCCGGAGAGUGCCGCCGUGCUAGACUCAGUGCCGGCCCCGGACUCCGAGUCGGAGUUCAAGUCCGUUCGGAUCUCAGCGGACACGGCGCGCAGCAUCGUGCCUUUGACGAAAGGAGGACGGCGCAAGGACAGCGAAGAGUCCUGCCUGUUUGUUUUCUUCGCCGGAGAGUACACCACCGCCAACGCACGAAAGAUGAUUGAUGAGGCUACUGCCAAAGGCUUUGUGCUGAUCCAGACCAAGGAGGUGUCGAUGCGGCCUGAAGAUGUGAAGCGUGUGUUUCAAAACAAUGCCGAGGACCUGGUGGAGUGGAUCAUGAAAGGUCCCGUCAUCGCCCUGGAGCUGAAUGGCGACGGCGUUGUGGAAGCCUGCAAGAACAUCGCCAGUGAGGUGUUCAGCGGCACAAAGGUGUUUGUCUCGGACAACAAGAACACGUCUUGUCAAGACGUGGACAGCUUCUUCAACUUCGCAGACAUGCAGAUGGGCUUGUGAUUGAUUGGUGCUGACGAUGUAGUCAGGUCCAUUGAUGUUUAGACAGCUGCUUUUUUUUCUGUCUAUAUUUUGCACCGUUACAAUCAGUAUGGAUCACCAGCCUACUGCUUUGAUAAAUCACUUUUUUUUUUUUUUUUUUUAC